GAAGGCGAGUAGCGUACGAGUCCGCGAAAAGGUCGAAAACACGGCCUCGGCAUUUGGCGCCAAAGCAGGGGCGAGUUAGGGUUUUCAGAAUGUCGCUUGAUUUUCUAUUCUUCUUCCCCUGAAAUCCUAUCCAAUUAUUCGAUUCCCUCAAAACUGCGAUAAAUUUUUCUAAGGUGAUUUCUAGGCAUUGUUUUUCCUCGUUUCGCAUCGGUCUCCGGUGUUCAUUCCUGUUCAGAGUCGUCCUUCUGUGCUGUAUGCACGGAUAUAGUAGAAGUGGUAGUUUCAGUUUCAGGGGAGAUAUAGGUUCCUGAAGGCUCAAUGAAUAUUUGACUCUGAAUCUUGGAUAUAAUUCAUGCCUGCUAAAAAAUAUAGGAUGGAAGGGCAAGUUAAUUUUCCAAUUAUUAAGGCCAUCAAUAAGGCUGUGGCGCACAGAAUUUCUUCAGGUCAAGUCAUUUUAGAUCUUUCAUCUGCUGUGAAGGAGUUAGUUGAAAAUAGUCUGGAUGCUGGUGCUAGCAACAUUGAGAUCAAUCUAAAAGAGUAUGGUGAAGAAUAUUUCAAGGUUGUGGAUAAUGGCUGUGGCAUUGCACCUGAUAAUUUUCAGGUGCUUGCCAGAAAGCAUCAUACGUCUAAAAUCACUGAUUUCUCUGAUCUACACUAUUUGACGACUUUUGGCUUCAGAGGAGAAGCACUGAGUUCACUUUGUGCCUUGGGUAGUUUGACUGUUGAAACAAGAACUAAGAAUGAGGCUGUAGGCACACAUUUGACCUUUGACCAUUCAGGAUCAGUGACUUCAGAAAGAAAAACUGCCCGCCAAGUUGGCACUACUGUGAAAGUUGAGAAACUAUUCUCCACUUUGCCUGUGCGGAAUAAAGAAUUCAGUCGUAACAUCAGAAGAGAGUAUGGAAAGCUGACUUCUUUGUUAAAUGCUUAUGCUCUCAUGGCUAAAGGAGUUCGUUUCCUUUGCACCAACAUUACUGGCAAAAAUUCAAAAUCGGUGGUGUUGAAAACUCAAGGAAACUUGUCAAUCAAAGAAAACAUCAUAACAGUCCUAGGUUUGAACACCUUCCAAUGCCUUGAGCCUUUGAGUAUACGUAUAUCGGAAUGCUGCACAAUUGAGGGUUUUCUAUCAAAACCUUGUUUUGGUAGUGGCCGAAAUAUGGGAGAUAGGCAAUUCUUUUAUGUUAAUGGUAGGCCUGUUGAUAUGCCAAAAGUCAGCAAGCUUCUUAAUGAAGUAUAUAAAAGUUCAAGUUCCAAACUGUAUCCCAUUGCAGUUAUGAAUUUUAUCAUACCAGCAACAUCAUAUGAUGUCAACGUUACUCCUGAUAAGAGGAAGGUUUUCAUCAGUGAUGAGCACUCGCUCAUGCUUUCCUUGAGAGCAGAAAUUGAGAAAAUCUACUCACCCCAUCAAUGCAGUUAUUCUGUCAGUAGGAUCAAAAGGUCCUCUGAAGAAGCAGAAUUAUAUUUGCAGGAUGAUGUUGAAGUAGAUGCUACUCAGGGUCCUAAUGUCAUGUCAAAACCAUUGUCUCCUAAAGCCAAUGGUCAAAUGGAAACAGCUUGCUCUAUGGACCAGGCUAUGGAUGUUGAUUCACCCCUGAACCUGCAAAUCAGCAAUCAGUACAUUGACAUGGAAAGUGUGUCUGAUGCUGAUGAUGAUAACCCUCCUAGAAAGUUCUUAAAAAGUGUUGCUGACAGUAACACGAUUGCGAAUCAUUGUAAUCGCCAUGUAAAGCAAUCAACUUGUGCCAAGUUAAAUACGACUAUUGAUGAGAAAGCCCAGUCAACUUCAGGAAAUAAGGAUACCUUUUGCCAUUCAACUCUUGUUCAAGCAUCUCUUUCAAGGUUUUUACCUGUAAAUAAGAGGAAAAAUGACAAUAGUUGCAGCAUGCUAUCUGAAAUGCCUUUGUUACGGGAUGAAAGAACUUCUGUAAAAAUUGGCAAAACAGGUAGAGAAAAAAAUGUUUCUGCAUCAAUAACAAAUUUUCAUAAUUCAGAGGAUGACAUAUCAGUACCCGUAGCAGAUGGAUCAGAUAAUCAUCAUGAAACCUAUAAUGCCUCCAACAAGGUGGAAAGUUUUUGUUCUUUGCAACUUAAACCUUGUGACAUAGAUCAUAAGAAGGACAAUUCAAAAGAGCAUGGUUCAGUAUUUCCUAUUUCAGAUGCAACACUGGAAGGUUUUCCUGGAGAAAACCUAGAAAUUAAAUCAGGAGAACUUUCAACGUUAAGUUCAUCAUUGGAAGCACACAAUAUAACUAGUAAAAUGAUAAAAGCAUGUUCCGGUCUAAAAACCUAUCCACUUCUGCAGUUUAGCUUCCAUGAUCUUAGGAAAAGAAGGGAGAAGAGGAUUUCAGGAUUGUUCUUUCGGAAAUCGAAAGUUGAAGGAAGGAUUCGAAGUUGUUACUCUGCUGCAACGCUUGCAAAUUCUCAAUCAGAAAAUGAAGAGGGAAAAUCAGACUCGUUAGCCGCUGCUGUUAUGGAGUUAGAGAGAUUUUUCAGGAAAGAAGAUUUUGGAAGAAUGGAGGUGAUUGGGCAAUUCAAUCUGGGUUUUAUUAUUGGAAAAUUGGAUCAAGACUUGUUCAUGGUGGAUCAGCAUGCUGCUGAUGAGAAAUACAAUUUCGAGCGCAUCUCUACAUCAACUAUCUUAAACCAGCAACCUUUAAUCAAGCCAAUAAAAUUGGAACUGUCACCUGAAGAGGAAGUAGUGGCUUCUAUGAAUAUGAACAUAAUCAGGAAAAACGGCUUUCUUCUGAUGGAAGACAUGAAUGCACCUCCCAGGCAUCGAUUUCUACUAAAAGCUGUACCAUUCAGUAAGAACAUGACUUUUGGAGUAGAAGAUCUUAAGGAGCUUAUUUCUACCCUCAAUGAUAGCGAAGGAGAGUGCUCCAUCAUUAGUAGUUACAAAAUGGACACCGCUGAUUCUAUUUGUCCUUCAAGAGUUCGUGCCAUGUUGGCGUCACGUGCUUGCCGGAUGUCUAUCAUGAUUGGCGAUACACUUACAAAAUAUGAGAUGCAGAAGAUACUUGAUAAUUUGGUAGAUCUCAAGUCUCCGUGGAACUGCCCUCAUGGUAGGCCAACAAUGCGCCACCUUGUUGACCUGGCUACUCUUUAUAACUGAAGGCUAAAGGUGGACAGACUGACUCCCAACCAGCUUUCUUAUAUCCAGUAGGGCCUCGUGUGGUCUUAAUUUAUGCACGUAGAAUGCCUAUUUUUUGCCCUGGAUACUCUUCAAUUUUAUUAUUAUUAUUGUUUUUUUAGUUUUUUGGUGGGCAGAGAGGGUGUGUGGGUGUUGAAUCUCUUGGGGGCAGCAGUAUGAUUUUUUUUUUUUUUUUGGCAUAAUAGGAUGAUAUGAGCAGUUAUAUCACCAUUUUUGAUAUUUUUGAAGUUGCAAGAGCUACAACUGUGUUCAUAUUUUUGGGGAUAUUUUGAAGGUGUUAUUUUAUUUUGGCAUUUUAUGUAUAUAGUAUUUUGUUAAUAUUGAUUAAUUUUUUUCUA